AUGGUCUUCGCCGUCGUACCCGACGCGGGCACCGUCGUCAUGCAGAACAACGAAAAGAUCGAUGCAUGGGCCGUAAUCGUGAACGGAUGCGUGGAAGUGGUCAAGCCCUCCGGGGAACGCGUCGAGUUCAAGCUGGGCGACUCGUUUGGCUGCGAGGCGGUGAAUUCGGUGCAAUAUCACACUGGCGACAUGCGUACGAUGGUAGAUGAUUGCGAGUUUGUGCUGGUUGAGCAUCGCGAUUUUUGUUCGAUUAUGAGCACGAUCGGCGAACACAUCGAGCGUGGCCGUGACGAAGCGACCGGUGAGGUCGUCUCUGAAAUUGAGAGGCGAGCCAUCGGUGCCCAAGUCGGACUCGUCCUCAUCAAGGCUAAACCCGACAAGUUGGUCUCACACCUCGUCGAAGAACGCGAUGGGCAAGUUGACGCCAAUUAUAUCGACGACUUUCUGCUCACCUAUCGGGUAUUCAUCCACGACCCGGUGAUGAUCUUCGAGAAACUGAUGCAUUGGUUUGCCGAACCGCAGUACCGUGAUCGUGUCGCUCGAAUAGUGUUGUUAUGGGUGAACAACCAUUACAACGAUUUCGAGACGAACCGCGAAAUGGUCAAGCUGUUGGAGCGAUUUGAGCAGGCGCUUGAACGAGAUCAAAUGUACGCGCAACAGACGCUACUCAAUCUGGCAUGCAGUGUGAAGGCUCGAGUGAGAAGUAUCAAAUAUGCGAGGAGGGAUAAGGAUGAGCCAAUGCAAUUCUCGGUGAUCGGCGGCAAAGAAAUGGGCGCCGGCAUCUUUGUCUCUGACGUGCUACCGGAUUCUGCGGCCGAAGAAGCCGGGCUGAAGCGGGCGGACGAGAUUCUAGAGGUCAACGACCAGACGCUAAAAUUUGUCACGCUUCAACGGGCCAUCGAUUUGCUGAAGGGCAGUAUAAAGUUGCAGCUCGUCGUGAAGAACAACAUCAAUGGCUUCAAGGAACUGAUCCAAAAACACGACAAGGCCGACGCGAAGAAGAACCACUUCGGGCCGAUGAACGGCCUGCCGCACGUCAUCCCGGUGAAGGGUGUCGGCGCUCAGCCAAACAACAACACGCACAGCAAGGCCAAAAUGAACGGCAACAAGGGAUAUAUGGACAAGUUGUUUACGAUGAUUCGCUCGUCAAAAGACAUUGAUGCCGUUGAUUCGAUAAACGAAGAACAAUUCCUGAACCUACUAAUCCGGGCCUCCGAUACGACUUCCGACAUCGUGCGCGCCUCCAAAUCCAACCCGGACCUGUUGAGCGCCAUCUCCUCGUUCUACGGCCCGCCCAAAACGGACAGCCCCGAGCAUGUGUUAAAGAUCUACAGGGCCGACCAAACAUUCAAGUAUCUCCCCGUCUUCAAGGAAACCACCGCACAGAACGUCGUGCAACUCGCGCUACAGGAAUUCAGCAUGACCGCCGAGAGUGGGCUCGAAUGGGCCCUGUGUGAGGUGACCGUAUGCGAGAAUAUUUCAACUGAAAAUACGAGCGCCAAAAACCCGCUGGUCAUCAAGCAGCGCAAACUGCCGCCACAACUCGAAAACCUGGCCGAAAGGAUCAGUUUGAAUAGCCGGUAUUACCUGAAGAACAACAACCGCAGCGAGCCGCUCGUGCCCGACGAUUUGGCCUCGGAUGUCAUCAAAGAGGCCCAAGCACAUAUUUUAUCGCUGAAUGCACAGGUUCUGGCCGCCCAGCUGACCCUGCAAGACUUUUCGGUCUUUGCCUCGAUCGAACCGACCGAAUACGUCGACUCGUUGUUCAAGCUGGAGAGCCGGUAUGGCUGGCCUCGGCUCGACGAAUUCGAAACGGUGUUUAACCGCGAAAUGUGGUGGGUGGCGACGGAGGUUUGUCGUGAGAGGAGUACGCAGCGAAGGGCCAAGCUCGUCAAAAAGUUCAUCAAGGUUGCGCGGCACUGUCGUGAUCUGCGCAACUUCAAUUCAAUGUUCGCCAUUGUCUCUGGGUUGGACAAACCGGCG